AGGCGCUGCGGCGGCUUCUCGUUGCCAUGGCAGCGACGGACGCGGCCUACCGCUCUUCCUCUGGCUCCACCCGGCGAUGGACGUUUACCGGCCGCGCUAUUACACCCCGAAGGAGGUGGAGGUGCACAACCGGCCCUGGGACCUCUGGGUCUCCUACAUGGGGCGGGUCUAUGACCUCAGCCCCCUGGCCGAGGCCUACAAGGGUGAUCUCUUAUUGAAGCCUAUUCUAGAAGCAGCGGGGAAAGACAUUAGCCACUGGUUCAACCCCAAAACCAAAGAUAUACAGACACACAUUAACCCUCUAACAGGAUGCCUUAAGUACUACACCCCACAAGGUCGCUUUGUGCACAUCCCACCUCCUCUGCCUCGUACAGACUGGGCCAAUGACUUUGGCUUGCCCUGGUGGAGAGAUGGCAACUACGAGGUGGGCAUCCUGUCUGCCAAAACCAGACGCAUACGGAUCAUCAACACUCUGACCUCUCAGGAACAUACCCUUGAGGUCUGUGCAGAGGAAUCCAUGUGGGAGAUCCUUCGGCGGUACUUGCCCUACAACGCCCAUGCAGCCAGCUAUACAUGGAAAUACGAACGCGUCAACCUAGACAUGGAUAAGAACCUGCAGCAGAACAACAUUCCGGAUGAGGAUGAGGAAUUCUACAAUCUCUACAUGGACGCUGAUGCCUUCACCCCAGCCAUCCUGCUCUACUUCAACGAUGACCUCACUGAGCUCUAGGAGCUCUCGCCCAUCUGGAGUGGCCCAGGCAAACCUGGAAACAUCAUGUCAGAGCUGGAGACCUGGCAACCCAAGGGUACGCUACUAUGCCAAAGAGCAGAACGAUCCAGAAUUCUGUGGCCAAGCACCGUAAUGUGGCUGUGGUCGUGUUCCUGUUGGGCCUUGCAGUCUGUAAUAUUUCUCGGUCCAGCAACAGACACCGAGAAUGAGAAUGAGGAGUAACUUUAUUAAAAAGCUUUAUUCAGAGGUGCCGCUAAGACCCUCUUUUAGAACUGGUACUCAAGGCCUAAGGAACAGGCUAGUUCAUGUGACUCCAGGGCAAGUCGCCAAAUUGACAAUGGGCAAUUAACAUGAAGGAAGAGCCAGCAAAUUACAAGCUCUGUCAUUGCGCAAUUCACAGGGCCAUAUGCCAAAACUCUUCAGGCAACAUCUGGAGAGCCAGAGGUUAGCUGCCCCUGGUGCAAAUGAUACUAAUCUAGGUGGGCCAAUGGCUUGCCUCUGUAUAAAACAGUUUCCUCCAUUCCUAACUGCUCUCUGUCCACAUUUGCAGCCGCCGCAUUGGGAACAUGCCUCGCAUUCCUCCCUCUGUCCCUUCUAGGGGGGUGGCAUUAAGCUCUCCCCCCCCAGCUGUGGCAGAGAUAAUGGGCAUCUGUCUACUCCCAUGCCAUGCCAACAAGGCCACAGGCUGUCACAUCAGGCCAGCUGUCCUUUCUCCCUGCCCCCUUGGAUGGGUGCUGUCCUUGGUAGCUGCAGCAGAAGGGAAAAAGUACAACCCCUCUCUGCAAGCUCUGUAAUUUGAAGGUUGACCAUCCUCUUGUGGUGUGGUGCUGGCAGGUGCCAUAACCUCAGGGAGGCUCGGACUUGUAUAGAGAACAGAUGGACUUGCGACCGCUGUCCUCUGUCUGUGAAAAGGGAACCCUGCCCACUCUGCCUCGAAAGAACAGCUGCUCUUGGCCAAUGAUGCCUGGUUUUUCCUUUUUUCUUCUGCACUUGCAGUGCUUUUGUCUCUCCCUACACUGCCACCUGGUUGUGGCCCCACAGUUGUGGAAUCCUGGCCGAAAGAGGCCUGUUUGGCUAUGUCACUGCUGAACUUCUGCUGCACUGCAAAGGCAUGGCCUUUCUCAUAGUUUGGUGGAGGAGUAAUUUCCUGGUAGAUUUUAUCUGCUGUCUGGCAACCCUUAUGCUGCAAUCCUAUACUGCGGCCUUGGUCAACCUGGUGCCCUCCAGAUGUUUUGUACUACAGCUCCCAUCAGCCUUAGCCAGCAUGGAACUGAUGCAGGGUCAUUCGUUUCCCCCUUCCCCCCCCUUUCAUUUUUAAGUUUAUUUUUUCAUUUAAUUUUUAAUUCUGUUGGCACAGCUGUAAUACCAACACAUUUUGGCCCCUGCUCUAUUACAACUUUUGCAUCCCAUAUGGUCAUUAAAAAAACUUGUAAUUACGAGCGUGUACCUCAUUAGGCUUAUUUCCUCCUCCCUCCCAAUCCAUUUCCCUUUUGUGUUGUGUCCUUUUAGAUUGCAAGCCUGGUGGCAGGGACAGUUUGGUUUUCUUUUCUUUUUAGUGAUCCAUAAGACACACUGAGAGACCCUUUUUUUUUGCCCGAAGAGCUGGAUAAAAAUUCUGCAAGCAAAAAACUGGGCAGUGAGUCAAGGUCUUAUUUCUGAGUAAACAUGCAAGGGAUUGCACUUUAAAAAAAAUAUUUGUAAUGUUUUUACUGAGAUUUAUUACACUGUUGCAUUUUUGUAAGACAAAGGCAGGAUAUGCUUAUUUUUUAAAAUGAGAGAAUUGUUUGUGACCACAUGCUGUCUCCUUCCACAUGUUCAUUCCCAAAAAACCAAACUUGUCCCUAUGACUUUCUCCUCCCUUGUCUCUCAUAAACCAUUGCAUGAUUAGA